UCGCCCAAGCGCGGCCGCCGGCAGAGGGGAGGGUGGCUGACGGGAGGGGGGGCAGUUGAGGGUACGGUGGCUGGGUUUUUUUUUUUUUUUUUUUUUUUAAACAUUUUUUUUUAUUUAUUUUUUUUAUUUUUGAAUAAACUUAACAGAAUCCUAACGGAUUCCGUUAAGUGGUAGUGAAAUUUAAAUUAUGUGAUUUUAGGUGGUAGCAAAAUAAAAUAAAAUUUUUAAGAGGUAGCAAAAGUGAAACAAGGAUGUUUUUGUGGUACCAAAAGUCAAAAUUUCCUAAUUUUAUUUGACUAAUAAUUUUAUCUUUCUCUCACCUCAUCACAAUUUAUUAUUAUUUUUUUUUUUACUUCUCCUUUCUUAAAAGAUUUCCUCCACGUUUUACAAUUUAAAAGAGAACGAAAGUGGUACUUACCCAAAUAGGAGAAUAUGAUUAUUAAAUUACCCGAGUAGCUUCAACAACCAUGUAAGAAAAGUCUAAUAAAAAGAGUUAGAUUUGCACCUAAAAAAGUCAAAACAUACAAGAGGGAAAAAAAGGAAAAAAAAAAAAAAAGAAAAGAAAAAGGCACACAUCGUUGCCAUUUGAAGCAACCAAUGGUGAUCCCGCUAACAUCAUAAAUCCCAAUUAUUUUUAUUUCAAAUUUCCCAUUUUUUAACGAACUCAAACUCCCCUUUCUUUCCAUCUUCUCCCUUUUCAUUCCAACCUCCCUCUUUCUCUCGCCGGAUUUUAGGAGAGAGAAAAUUCAACCCUCCUUCAUCUUUCUUGCUUCCGAAAAUGGCGAAUGUGGAACCCUUUUUCAGUUGGAGAUUCAGCAUAUUUUGGUUUUUUAUUGUUUUGGUUUUAAUGGUUGCUGAAAUCGGCGUCAAUUUCUGUAACUGCGCGAGAUCUGACCAGGAAAUGCGGGAGAGAUUUUAUGGUAAUAAUAUCUUCAAUUCUACGCCGCCUGAUGGUGAGGGUACUAUCGCCAAGAUGAUCGAUCAUGUGUUGGAGAAGGAGUUUUCUGAGAAUGAUCAGCCUGAAGGCUCUGAUGGAAGUAGUUUCAACACCAGUGUUGCUGACAAGCAAGCUGAGCUUGAGACUGUUGCUAAAAUUUCUCAUGAAAAAGGCAAGAAAAAUGAGACAGGAGAAGCAAAUGGAACAAAGGCCUUUCAGAUCCAAGAUGUUUUCUCUUUGGAUAAUGAAGAGUCUGAUGACAUGGCUACAUUGAUUGAUAAAAAGGAUAAUGUGUUUGUGAUGUCUAACAAGAAAUCAAAAUAUCCAAUUCUUCAAGUGGAUUUUAGGUUAAUCUCAGAUUUGGUUAUACUGAUUGUAUCUGCUGCCGUUGGAGGGAUUAUCUUUUCGUGUUUGGGACAACCGGUUAUUGUUGGCUACCUCCUUGCGGGAUCAAUGAUUGGGCCAGGAGGUCUAAAUUGUAUCAGUGAAAUGGUUCAGGUUGAAACUGUUGCACAAUUUGGUGUUGUGUUCCUUCUAUUUGCUUUAGGAUUGGAAUUUUCCAUGACCAAGCUCAGAGCAGUAGGGCCUGUAUCUGCUCUCGGUGGGAUGCUUCAAAUUAUCGUAUUCAUGUUUUUGUGUGGCAUAACUGCUAUGAUAUGCGGAGGAAAAUUGUCGGAGGGGGUGUUUGUGGGUUCUUUCCUAUCUAUGUCGUCAACAGCUGUGGUGGUGAAAUUUUUGAUAGAAAGAAACCAGAACAAUGCUCUACAUGGCCAAGUAGCUAUUGGGAUACUUAUCUUUCAGGAUUGUGCUGUGGGGUUAUUGUUUGCAUUGCUUCCAGUUAUGGGUGGUAACAGUGGCCUUCUGAUGGGAAUUGCCUCAAUGGGUAGAUUGUUGUUGAUAUUGUCUCUCUACCUUGCUACUGCAUCUAUAUUAACGUGGUCAUUUAUACCUCGUUUUCUAAAGCUGAUGAUACAGCUGUCAUCUCAGACAAAUGAACUUUAUCAACUUGCUCUAGUGGCAUUCUGCUUGCUAUCUGCUUGGUGCAGUGAUAAGCUUGGUCUUAGUCUGGAACUGGGAUCAUUUGUAGCUGGGGUCAUGAUCUCUACGACGGACUUUGCACAGCACACUUUGGACCAGGUGGAGCCAAUUCGUAAUCUGUUUGCUGCUCUUUUCCUUUCCAGCAUUGGAAUGCUGAUACGUGUGCAAUUUCUUUGGCUUCAUGUGGAUAUAUUGGUUGCAUCAGUUAUUUUGGUUGUGGUGUUUAAGACAUCUGUUACGGCUGUGGUAACUAAGGCUUUUGGUUACAGUAUCAGGACAUCUCUUCUUGUUGGAUUGUCACUUGCUCAAAUUGGAGAAUUCGCUUUUGUUCUUCUAAGCCGUGCCUCUAAUCUUCACCUUAUCGAGGGGAAAAUGUAUCUUUUACUUCUUGGAACAACUGCUCUUAGCUUGGUUACCACUCCUAUCCUGUUUAAAUUAAUGCCGGCUUUGACACAUUUGGGAGUUCUCAUGCAUUGGUUCCCUUCUGAAAGCAGCAUACCAAUUGAGCUGCAGGAGAGAACUCCAAUGGUUGAUACACGCAAUAGAAUGUUGUGACCUUCAAUUUGUAUCAUCGUCUAAGCAUAUUAAUUUUCUAAAAGAAGUGGCUUCGGGUGUGAUAUUCAGAGUGAAGCUUGUGACGAACCUGCAUCAUGUUAACUUUGACAGAACUUGAUAGUUGGGACAUGGAUGUAUAUAUAUUGCUACACAAAUUUUGUAUUCUUUUGGAUUGUGUACAUAUGUUUCUUCACGAUGUGCUCGUGGGUCUCGGCGAUGCUUCAACGAGUGCAAAACAAUUGUCAUUAUCAUUGAUCUUAGUUACCGUACACAACCUAGGGAUAGACCAGGAAAGUUUGAAGUGUAGAGCUUUUGUAGUACAACAGUAUAUUGGAAGUUUUGUUUCCUCCAUAAGAUUCUAGUUUUAUUGUAACAUUGUAACCUUAAUUUAAAGUUCAGUUUCUAAUAUAAAUGAAUACAAUGCAAAUUCUUUUCUCAGUUUAUGUAAAUUUAUUUUCAGGAG